AUGGAGGGCGGUAAGACGAAAGGUACAGCGGCCGCGCAGGAGAACAAGGGCUCAGGAGCAUCGAAGAGCUCGAGACUCCCGGAUUCAAACGCAACCACUCGACCGACAUCAUCUGCCAGCGCUCCGCCAAGAAGGAGCGCACCCGGGAAGCGAACCAACACACCCGCCCAGAAACGAACGCAGCUCACCUUCUCCCUCAACCGACCCACUCCCAUCUCCUACAACCUCGCCUCAGUCGAGAGACCUGACCUCGAGCCGCCCACAGAGUUCAAGAACAACUCCGCUCGUCGCGGCCGUCCCUUCGCACCGAUAUCCGCAACCGAGGUCGACUUCGCCCCGACUUUUCCAGACGCCAACGACAAUGACCCUCCUAUUACCCAGCGGGCCCGUAAGCCCUCCGCCACCACCGAUGGCGGCCAGCCCGAUAAAGAUCACACACCGUCCCAUGCGAUGGGGCAGGCUCCAUCGUCAUCACCGUCGUUAGCGGCAGCCAAACCAUUCACAUCCUCAUCUGCCGUCUUCAUCCGCCAUCCUUGUCCGCCCUCCUCAUCCGCUGGCAUCUUCCGCCGUCCUCAUCCGCCGUCCUCAUCCGCCGUCCUCUUCCGCUGUCGGCGCUCGUCUCCGCCGCGUCUUCGCAGGCCGUCGCAAGAUGACCGAAGACUCGUCGCAAUCGCAUACACAGACACAAACACACUCAUCAGGCCCUUCCGGAGCUCGUCUAGUCUCGCGUCUUUGCCGCAAUACGCACUAGGCCGUUUCGCACGCAGUUCACGUCCCAGCAUUCGAGCGCGAGUGGUUUCCCAAGAGGACGAGGGCACGGAGGAACGUGCGGAGGGUGGCGCAGAGGAAGCUGAGGAAUAG